UUGCAUUGGAAAUCAAUCAUUGCAACAAAUCAAGAUGGAGAUCUUAGGUUGUUAUAUGAAAAAGUUUCAACUCCUUUGUAACACUUCAUUUCAAAAAUUUGCUUGUCUAACCAAAUCAUUUUUUUUCUUAGGAAUAUGUUUUUAUCGCUUCAUCCUCCUAAGAGCAAAUCCAUUAUGUGUUCAAAUUCUAUAUUUCAUCUCUAUUUCCUUUUUUGGGUUUGGAUUUCUCAAAGCUCUAAACCCUUUAUAUCAAACAUCACCUAAAAACUUAGAUUUGUUCUUCACAUCCGUUUCAUCCACCACAGUUUCAAGCAUGUCCACGGUUGAAAUGGAAUUUUUUUCUAACCCUCAAUUAAUCAUCAUUACCAUCUUAAUGUUCAUAGGUGGUGAAAUCUUUACCUCCAUGUUAGGGCUUUAUUUCAUUAGAUUAAAGCUCAAAACUGAUCUAGGUAAAAUCGAUUCUUCUCAUGCACGUUUUGCUUUUGCAAACCCCAUCAUUGUUGAUCAAAUUCAGAUUGAAGUUGAAAUGGUCACAAAUUCUAACCCUCACAUAACUUCCUUAUCAAAUCCAAACAUUAAAUCACAUGAACCAUUGAGUACCACAAGUGAAAAUUUGAGGUAUUUGUCUAUGAAAUAUUUGGGUUAUAUAGUUCUUGGUUACAUUAUAAUUCUACAUAUUAUAGGUGUAUUUGGGGUGUCUCUUUACCUUGCAAUGAUUCCUAGUGCUAAACAAGUACUAGAAAACAAGGGUCUAAAAAUGUUCACAUUUUCUCUUUUUACUAUAGUUUCAACAUUUUCAAGUUGUGGAUUUAUUCCAACAAAUGAAAACAUGGUUGUUUUUAGAAAGAAUUCAGGUCUUCUUCUUAUCCUCAUUCCACAACUACUUCUUGGGAACACAUUAUACCCUCCAUGCUUGAGAUUUUGUAUAUGGGUAUUGGGGAAAUUCUAUAAGAAGAAAGAGUGUAGGUAUCUUUUGAACAAUGUAGAGGAGGUUGGUUACAAACACUUGUUACAUUGGAAACACACUCUUUAUCUUAUGGCUACUGUUUUUGGGUUUAUUAUUAUUCAAGUUACUUUGUUUUGUCUAAUGGAUUGGAAUUCAGAAGGUUUGAAAGAGUUGAAUUAUUAUCAAAAAUUGAUUGGUGUGUUAUUCCAAAGCAUAAAUUCAAGACACGCUGGAGAAACUAUUGUGGACCUCUCAAUUAUAUCACAAGCAAUCUUGGUACUAUUUGUCCUCAUGAUGUACCUUCCACCUUACACCUCAUUCCUCCCUUGGGAAGACAAUGGGAAAAUGUCGGAAAGCAGUGAGAGAAAGCAGAAUAAGAGAAGAGAAAAAGUAACAGAGAAUAAAAUAUUAUCUCGAAUAUCUUAUUUAGUCAUUUUCAUCAUACUAGUUUGCAUAACUGAGAGGAAACAAUUGAAGGACGAUCCACUCAAUUUCAAUGUCUUCAAUAUUGCUGUUGAAGUUGUCAGUGCAUAUCAGAACGUAGGAUUUACUAUGGGAUACAGUUGUGAACGACAGUUGCAUCGAGAGGCAAAUUGUGAAAACAAGUGGAUUGGAUUUGUUGGAAAAUGGAGUGAUGAGGGUAAGAUCAUUCUUAUACUUGUUAUGUUGCUUGGAAGACUCAAGAAAUUCAACACGGAUGCGGGUAAUCCAUGGAAACUUCUCUGAUUCUUGAAUAUCAAUUCUACCCAACAUCAACUCUGAUUUCACACAAAUGUGUGAUCUAUGAUCGAUUUCAUAUCACUUGUAACCAAUGUACAAAUUAUCUUAAAAUGACCAAGGAAAUUUAAAUGUGUGAAAAAUUUAUUCCACUUCCACGCAAUGUAGCAAUUUGAGUGCUAUAUGAUGCUAAUAAAGGUGUCAGUAAUAAAAAUUUAGUCU